CUUAUUAAAUAGAAUUUGUGAAUUAGACUGAAGAAACCUUAGAUGACCAUGGUCACAACAAUGGCGAGCUCUAGUGUACCGUGUUCUUCGGCCAGCAUAACAAGUGGUGACGCUACUAUGAGUAUCGUGCAUCAGUUGAUGUGUUACAGACAAGGUGGUGAAUCGGAGUCAUUUUCUAAACGAGCCGUUGAGUCGCUUGUCAAAAAACUCAAGGACAAAAAAGACGAGUUGGAUGCUCUGAUUGCAGCCGUUCAAUCAAAUGGUCAGACUCACACAAAGUGUGUUACAAUUCCUAGAACCCUUGAUGGAAGGCUACAAGUCGCAGGGAGAAAAGGUUUCCCGCAUGUCAUAUAUUCCAAAAUUUGGAGAUGGCCUGAUUUACAUAAGAAUGAGUUGAAAUCCCUCGCUUAUUGCCAAUUUUCAUUCGAGAAGAAAGCAGAUGCCGUUUGCGUUAACCCCUACCAUUAUGAACGCGUAGUUUCACCUUCAAUUGAUCUUUCGACACUGUCACUUCAUGCUGCCGGCGAUUGGGGAGGAGGUUCUCUUGAAGAUGCUCAGAGGUCACUUUCAGUCAUGCAGCACUCAGGCGUAUCAGCAGCAGCCCUGUUGCAUGCUCAGCAUGAACACUCACUCUAUCCUCACAGUCAACCACCGAAGCUGACCUCAUCAGUGCCUGGACUGCCGCCGGGAGGCAACUUCAGUACUGACCCUUUCGCCUCUCCUCUUUCUGCAAGUGCCCUCCCACCCUCAUCACAAGCUCCAGGAUCCCUUCAGUCUCCUAUGGGACCUUCUUCUGGACGAAAUACGCAUCAAUGGACACCUGAAACAUCUGCCAUGUUUGCCCAGAACUCAGGCGAUCAAAAGGGAUACUGGGGUCCUAAUGGUCUCGGUUCAACUUCUGGAUUCUCACAACAGCCAUCUAGCAGCACAGCUGGGCUUACAAUCUCCGGUCCCCUAUCCUCGAAACCAGUUCCUCGAGAGUGGUGUCACGUGCAGUAUUACGAGUUGGACACACCUGUCGGAGAGCAGUUCAAGGCCUCAAGAGACCACCGAGUCAUCCUGGUUGACGGAUACGUCGAUCCAGUACGUGACAACAGAUUCUGCCUUGGAGCACUAAGCAAUGUCCACAGAACAUCAGCCAGCGAAAAGGCGAGACUCCACAUUGGAAAAGGAAUCCAGCUGGAACUAAAGGGCGAAGGGGACGUGUGGUUGAAAUGUCUAAGUCAGCACCCUGUUUUCGUACAGAGUUAUUACUUAGACAGAGAGAGUGGACGAUCACCUGGAGAUAUUGUUCAUAAGAUAUACCCCAAUGCCGAAAUUAAAGUAUUUGAUCUAAGCCUUUGUUACGGAGAAUUACAGAAACAAGCCGCGACGGUGAAAAGCGCUGUUGCGGCACAAGCAGCAGCUGUUAGCGGGAACCUGCCCGGACCCUCUGCAGUUGGUGGAAUCGCGCCAGCAAUCAAUUUCCAGAUAGCUGCCGGUAUAGGCGUGGACGAUCUGCGCAAGCAAUGCCUGUUAAGAAUAUCUUUUGUUAAAGGAUGGGGUCCGGAUUACGUUAGACCAGAUAUAAAGAGCACUCCUUGUUGGGUAGAAGUUACAAUGUGUCGUGCACUGCAAUUGUUAGACGAUGUUUUAGUGGGUCUUCCUGGACCAAAUCCAAGAAUAGCUAAUGUCGAAAGCUGAAAGGGUCAAGGGAAGUUGUGAGGCGACAAUUUAUAGUAACAGGCGACUAUUCGUGACAGUAGACCCGAGUGCUAGCCCAGUUGAGCAAGUAUACACUUCUUGACAAUGCUGCGAUAAACUAGUUCUCCUUUUCAAUUUCCACUUGUACGAAUUGUCGCCUGUUACGGAGUACCGUCUAGCCAAUUAAAAUAUGUGAAAACUAUUGGUUUGUUGUUAUUCAGUCAAUGUCCCGCCUGAUUUCUGGUUUUAUGUAUCAAAAAGCAAAAAUGAAGCUGAGUUGUAAUUAUUUGCUAAUUUUUUUGCUGUGAAGUAGGAAAAAGACAUUGAUAAUGUUUCCAAAAUUCAAUUUUGAACUUGCUACAUCCUGAGUGAUCUGUUUCACAUUACCAUUUUGCAAUUCUCUAUUAGCCCAAAAAGGCUUUGGUUGUAAGUUAGUGAAAUAGAAGAUGAUCUUCUCUAACUGGCAAGAGGGCUCAAAUUCUCUAUAUAGAGGGCUCAAACUCUCCAUAUAUAUAACAUUUUCUAUCUCUAAAUAUUCAUGUUUUCCGUUUUUACUACACGUUUGAUUAUGUUCAAUUAUCACGAUGAAAUUUAACGUUUAUUUGUUUAUUUUGCUCCUAAAUUAUACAGCUAAGAUUUAUUACCAGUCAAGAUUGCAACCAUAGAAGUGAUACUGCUGUAAAAUCAUUGAAGAGAUAAAAAUGUUGCGGUUUAAUUUAGAUCUACAAGGCGCUAAACUGUAUGAAUUAGGAUUUUAAAAUAGAAUUGAUGCAAAAUUAUAUCCUUCAAUUUACGAAACUAUCUUCGGCCUUUUAGAUUUUGCGAGGUAUAUGAAUGUGAUUCUCAUGCAUUACGCUAUCAAUCUUAACCUGACUACGCUGGAUUAGUUGUUGUUAUUUGAAACCUCCAAUAUUUCGUAGCUCAUUACUUCAGUUUAUUUGUAAUAACUUUUUAGUCUAUAAUUUCACUGUUUCAAACAA